AAAACAUUGAGCGCCUGCCAGUGAAACUCUUUACAAGUUGAGAUAACGAACUAUAAACAUCAAACCACACGACAGCUACUAAAAACGAAAUGACUUCAAAUUCCGAUACAUGACAAGCAUCUAAAUAUUUUUCUGCUUUAGAAAACAUCGAUAAGCAGAAGUAUAAAGGAAAGUUAACACUUAAAAAUGGUACAAUACUACCAGACCCAUAUGCGUUGGUUGACUCGUCUUGGAAAGAUGACAUGAAGCUUUUACCAAAUAUUCAAUGGGGCGACUUGUAUAUGUACCUGAUCAAUACUCCAAGCGAAUAUACCCACGUUCAAGGCAUUUAAAUCUAUGGAAGCAUACAACUUUUUUGUACUUCCGAGCCAAAGGCAAGGUCAGAAGACAAAACUGUAUGAUGUUUGGGUAUGCCUACAUAAAGUCAAGGGACAUGUACUAACUGGAAAGUGCACAUGCAUGGAUGGCUUGGGAUCAGCAUGCAGUCAUGUUGCUGCACUCCUUUUUAAAUUGGAAGCUUGUAUAAGAAUUGGAGGAAAUAAGGUGGCAGUUACAAGUGAACUGUGUGCUUGGAACAGAUGUCGAAAAAAUGCUGUGCCAACAUUAUUACAAAACAUUAACUUCAAAAGGCCACGCAAAGAUCAACUACCUGAAGAAAAUGAACCAAAGGAAAAUCCUGUUCUGCAUUAUUCUGCAAAAAAAAAUUGGUCAUAUUCUUUUAAACUUAAAAGUGCAGAUUUGGCUAAGCUACGAGAGAUUGCUCCAGAAGCUGCAUUUUUUACUAGUUUAACGAAUGUUAGUAACAAUAAUGUGUCUGACAGGGAUACUGCUACAGCAGAUGAAAAUGAAGAAAAUUUAUUACCAGAACCCAUAACAAGCAUUUUCGAUUACGAAGCUGUAAAUUUGCAAGAUUUAACUCUUAUGGAACGUUAUAAUGAAUUUAAAAAAGCAUAUUGUCAGGAAAAUUACGAAACAUUGGCUAGUGUAACACAAUUUUUAAAACUUUUAAAGCAGCUAGGGAGAUUUGCUCUCAGAGCUUCCCUUUCUGGCCAAACAAUUAAAUUUUUUUAAAAUAUCUGAAAUUUCAGGAAGCCAAGUUCUAUAAAUUGUGGACACUUGACCUUCACUUAUAUUGAAAUGAAUAGCAAGUUCUUUGUUCAUAUUACCAAGUUUCAAUUUCAUUAAUACAAGUAAAAGGUGAUUUUCGGCUGAGAAAGUAAUUAAAACUUUCUUGGCUGUUCGAGAUACAAUUUCUAGUAACCAUUGAAAUAAUGCAGGUUUUCGAAUUCCUGUCAAGAAGUUUAACCUUUUUUCUUUGAUAUUAUCAUAGUCUAACAAUUUACGCUUCACAGCUUUCAAUUUUGCUUGCGUUUGUUGCAGUUGAACUUUCAGUUUAUUUUCUCUAAAUUUAUGUUUACACAGCUCCGAUUUUAGCAUCUUUUCUCGUGCAGAUACUUUGUUUUCUGUUUGUGUUGCUAAAAAUAAUAAAUUCAGUACGUAAAGCGCGGUGGAGAGAGUUUGUUUUGACUGCCAGCACUUUGCGCAUGCGCAAUUAGUUCGCAAAAUCAAAACACACGGAAGCCAUCUAUUGGGGUUUAGAGGUUUUUUGAUGACGUCAUCAACCCGUCCAUUCCGAAACAGAUUGGGGAAUCAGGUUCUGAAAAAUUACCUAAAUUGGUUCUAGGUGCUCCCUAGUUACCUAUGCGGUGAAAAAUCAUUGACGUCACCACCUCGUUUCCAAGUUAUUUGGCCUCAAAGUUUUAGGAUAGGAUAUAGGAUAUUGACGUUAAAGUAGUGUUAUUGAGGUCGCGCCGUAACGUCAGAAAAUUUAACAUAUUAGACAUGCAUUUUUCGGCAACAUCAAAGGAAAAUAAGCACAUCCACUUUGCCUGUCACAGAGACACGGAACUGGCGUAUUAUUAUAUAGAUAAGACGAUAAGGCCGGUGGAAAAAUCCACCUAGGCCAAAGUCCUAUGAAAAAAAAAAAUGUCAAAAAGGAGGCCUGCAAGAGUUAGCACAAAUCAACAAAAAUAAACUUUUUACACAUUUUAUAUAUUGUCUUUCCCUUAGAAGCUUAUACAAAAAUACGAAAAAGCCAUAGUUUGGAAAACAUCAAAUUUAAAUCUAGAAAAACCAGUCAUUUCGGUUAUAUACCAUCCUCUACCACAAAAAUUUACACAAAAUGUAAAAAUCAGCCAGUUAAGAACACAAAAUUUUUCACUUUUGGUUCUGUACUGCCCUUUACCAGCAAUUUUAAACCUAAAUGUCAAAAAAUCAAUGAGCAAAGAAUAAACUUGAAUCAACAAAGAUCAUUAUGUAUAGAGCUUGAAACAAUAACCAAAAUAUUGUAUAGAAUCAAGUACAAUAGCAACAAAUAAUAAAGUCAAAAAUAACACAUCUCUACUUUGUGAAAAACCUUUAAUAAUUCAAUCAAAGUGUCAAAAAACAUAAAAUUUAUAUCUGGAAAAUCAUUUCUUCGAUUACAUACUACCCUGUUCCCAAAAAAUAUACACAAAUUGUAAAAAUGAACAGGUUAAGAAUACAAAAAUUUUUUCCUGAGUACGAUGAAUGGAGCUAAAUGAAUAUUUAGCUCAUGUUAAUUGUGGUGACUUCAGUAUACCUUCUAGCUGUCCUGUAUAAUGAUAGAUACCACUCUGGCUCUGACCUAGUACUGUACCUCAAAUAAGGUUAAGAAUAAGGCACUUCUGAUUCAGUUAAUAGGUAGCCAUGUUGGAUUAUAUCUGCUUAGAGCAUUGUCUCAGUUGCCCCAGGUCAACAUGCAUCUGUUUUGCCUCGCUUAAUAAUACAAGUCAAUAAAUACAUGACACAUGGGUCAGUCCAAUUUUAGCCAUAAAGAACUGAGGUUGUUGAAGAUUAAAGCUCCUCAGAUUUCCACUUGCGCUUUUACUGAUGGGGAUGUCGGGCUUCCUACGUCAGCCAUAUAACAUUUGGACAGAUGCGUGUGUGAGGCUUGUGUAUCUUAUUAUUACUUGAUAUUAUUAUCACUUAUUAUCAUUACGGUGAGGCACACCCUUUUAUGAAUCCUGAUAUUAUUAUUAUUAUGUGGUAACACACGCUGGGCCAAUACUGGACCAGCUUGUGCAUUCCACCUUUAGCUCAUGAUUAUUGAUAACACAUGUUUAUUGGGUGCAGAAGACACCAUAUGUGAUUAUCGGUUUAUAGUGAAGUGCAGUGUACCUUCAUGAUUGAAGUGGAAGAGAAACAAUAUCCUUCAUGCAUGAGAAUAAAUUAUUAAAUAAGUAUAUAAUUAAUAAACUAAAUAAUUAAUCAUUAAUUACAAGUGACAAGUAAAUGUAUUAUUAGUUGUGAAAUGUACCACGUGAAUAGAGGAUGUGAGUAUGUAAUUCAUGCAUGAAGAGAUCUGGGUCAUGCCUUGGAAACCGUUCACAAUAUUAUGAUCCAUGAGGACAUAAACUUGUGAGGGGCAACCAAAACGUGCAUACUCUUAGGAAAUUACCCUCUUUGCCUUGGGCAAGCAUUUUGGUGUGAUUACCUUGUUAUGAUUACUAGCAGCAUGCGUUAUCUGCCCUGCCUCACUUAUUUAUUUUCUUACCCGGCAUCCCAAUCCAUUCCCCAAAUUUACAAAUUGCGUUCCAUGCGGAUGAUGUUGUAUACCAAAAUGUGCCAUAAUACAAUAUUCUCGAUUAAUAAGUGUGUUUUUACUGAGUAACCAAGACAAUUAAUCUGUAGUGACCUUUACCAAAAAUUUUAAACGUGAAUGUCAAAAAUAAAUAAGGAGUAAAUUUGAAUCAACAAAGAUAUUAUUUUUGGAAAACAGAGUGUAUAUACGGUCUGUCCUCACAAAAGUUUACACAAAAUGUAAAACAGAUUUGUUUUUGAGAAGCACAUCCAAAUCAACAAAAAUCAGUCCAUUUUUAGCAUGUCCUAUAUUGCCAUUGCCCAUAAAUCUUCCACAAAAAGGUUAUGAAACACAUCAAA